AUGUUUCGCUUACCUAAGCGGUACCCCAGAUUUUUCCUUCAAUACAGAUUCGGUGUCAUGUCUCUCAAACAACAAAAGGAGAAUUUCGUCACAGGCUUGACCGGAGGAUCUGUCCCGGAGAUCUACUGGGUCACCCUGGUGGCAUUGAGUGGGUAUCUUGCCUACAACAUGAUCAGAAGCACCAGCAGAAAUAUACCGUUUGUUGUAGAUUUUUCACUUCAAGUGGUUGCCAUUCUUUUGGCUGUAACGUUGUAUUGCAACAUCAUUGGUACACUCCAUGGAUUAGUAUUGGGUCCUGCAGUGUUGGUGAUGUUUUCAGGGGCACCCAAGAAAACUCAAAAGAGUAAAAGUGUCAAUUCGAGUAACGAGCUCUUACCACAAAAGCCAUUUUUGACAGCCUAUCGAGCACAAAUGCUCAUUUUGACGAAUAUUGCUAUAUUAGCAGUUGACUUUAAAGUGUUUCCCAGGAGAUUUGCAAAGGUGGAGACAUGGGGGACGUCUAUGAUGGACAUUGGUGUGGGAUCGUUUGUGUUCAGUAUGGGGCUUGCAAGUUCACGGUUACUUAUCAAGCAAAUUUUACAACAAAACUACAAACGAGGCAGUUACGUAGGGUUGGUUUUCCGCAGUAGUGUGAAAGCUAUGCCUGUUUUGGGACUAGGACUUGUGAGGUUGAUCAGUGUCAAAUCAUUGGAGUACCAAGAACAUGUUACUGAAUAUGGAAUCCACUGGAACUUUUUCAUUACCCUUGGGUUUUUGCCCAUAUGUUUGGCGUUCCUCAAUCCGGUCAUAGAGAUCAUUCCUCGAGUUUUUCUUGCGUUUUUUGUGACCAUAUGCCAUGAGGUUGCAUUGCAAAAAGGCUUGCAACAAUUUGUUUUGCGAAGCGAUAACAGAAUGGACAAUCUUGUCACCAUGAACAAGGAGGGAAUAUGUUCCUUACCCGGUUACUUUAGUAUUUUCUUGUUCGGACAGUGUUUUGGGUACUUUGUAUUGCCUGGUCGGAAGACUCGUAAUAACCUCUUUGGCGCCUCUCAAGGAAGCACACAAACAAAGUGGACGGUCACUACAAACCAAGGGUUGAUUAUUGCUACUUUGGUGUCUCAUGGGUGUUUUUGGUACUGUCAAAACUCUUUUUUGGUAAGUCAAGUGUCUCGAAGACUUGGUAAUAUUUCCUAUGUUAUGUGGGUGGUUUCGUACAAUUCGUCAAUGCUUCUUGCUUACCAUUGGAUUAACCAAGCAUUUCCAAAUGCCUCUAUGUCUCCAAUUCUACAAGCUAUAAACAAAAACGGGUUGGCGAUUUUUUUGCUUGCAAAUGUUACCACUGGUGUUGUAAAUAUGACGAUUAAUACGUUGGAAUGUGGGUCAAUUUGUGCGGUUGCAAUACUUGCGGUGUAUGGACUUUCGUGGGUUGUGGUGGCGAUAAUCCUUGAGAGAAGGAAAAUCUAUAUUAAGUUGUAA